AUGCGUGCUAUUUUGUGGCAUUCUUGGUACCGUCUUAGGAGUGAUCGCGUGACCAGGCAGACGCCAGUUGGGCAUAUCAUCUUUGGAUUAGUGGAAUGCUGUGUCCGGACAUACUGUCACGGUCACGAUUGGGCUACAAGCAGGCGUGCAUUUUGGAGCAGUCGUGGCCUCUUUCAUAUCAAUUUUUGUUGUGUACUUGUCUCUGUAUUUUUGACUCGCGAAUCGUACUCCAUCGUCGAAUACGUGACCAACUGGAAGAAACGUACCAGCAAGAUUUCAGAGAAACUUGUUCAGGACGGACCCGGCAUACAGAGCGACGUCCGCCGUCAGCGCUUCUUCAAGGCCACCGUAAUGGACGCUUCCUGUGAUGAGGUGCUCAUUUCGCGCUAUCUCACACCCCUAAACCCUCCCGACGGCUUCUUGCCGACCGAAGAAAAUGGAUUUACUCUUGACGAGGCAAUGGUAAGCCUUUACAUUUUUGAUGCUUAG